UAUCUCCCAUACUGGUUGUGCCAGUAAAGCUACUUCUAGAACAACUUCAAGUUUUGUAAGAAGAGGAAAAAGAGUUGUUUUCAUGGCUGUAUCUAGUAAUAACAAAACUAACCACACAAAACUUCCAAAAAACCUCAGGAAUCCUCGGCGACCAAAGCAACCACCAAACAUGGACUAUAACUUCAAAAGGGUCUUGUAUGAAAAUGAUGAAGAAACAACCAAUGACAAUGUACCCAGUGUAAUCCCACAAGUGGGGUCUGGAAUUGAUGAAGUAGAAAAAGGAAGGAUGUGUGAUGAUGAGGGAAUUAUAUGGGAAUCGGAUGAGAUGGACGCGAUUUCAUCUCUUUUUAAAGGGAGGAUACCUCAGAAGCCUGGAAGAUUGGAUAGAGAGAGGCCUUUACCUCUGCCAAUUCCUUACAAGAUUCGGCCUUUGGGACUUCCUACACCAAAAAGAUUCGCGAAUCAUUCAAGGCAAUCGAUAUCAAAGCAAGUGUACAAGAAUCCCACUUUCUUGAUUGGUUUGGCUAAAGAAAUUCAGUGUCUUUCAGCUGAGGAAAAUGUAUCAAAGGUUCUUGGUAAAUGGAGCCCGUUUCUUCGAAAAGGAUCGUUGUCAUUGACAAUCCAAGAGUUGGGUUAUUUGGGCCUUCCUGAGAGAGCUUUGGAAACAUUCUGUUGGGUGAAGAAACAACCCCAUUUAUUCCCUGAUGAUCAUAUUCUUGCUUCUACCGUUGAAGUUCUUGCCGGGUCAAACGAGUUAAAAAUGCCGUUUGAUUUGGAUAAGUUCACUGGCUUGGCUAGUCGGAGUGUGUAUGAAGCGAUGUUAAGGGGUUAUAUUAAAGGAGGAAGCUUGAAGCUUGCUUUGAAGCUUCUUUCAAUGGCUAAGGAAUCUAACAGAGUGCUUGAUACUGGGGUGUAUGCUAAGCUAAUCUUGCAGCUUGGUAAGGAUCCUGAUAAAAGCACACUUGUCUUGGUAUUAUUAGAGGAGCUUGCUGUGAGAGAUGAUCUGAAUUUGACACCACAAGACUGUACAGCUAUCAUGAAGAUUUGCAUUAGGCUGGGAAGAUUUGAAAUUGUGGAGGGACUAUAUGAUUGGUUCAGGAAAUCUGGUGGUAAUCCAGGUGUAGUUAUGUAUACUACUAUGAUUCACUGUCGUUAUUCAGCGAACAAAUAUAGAGAUGCAUUAGCCAUGCUAUGGGAAAUGGAAGCUUCAAAUUGCCUUUUUGAUCUACCAGCUUAUCGUGUAGUGAUUAAGCUCUUUGUUGCUUUGAACGAUCUUUCAAGGGCUGUACGCUAUUUCUCUAAGCUUAAGGAAGCGGGUUUUAGUCCAACUUUUGAUAUAUACUGCAGCUUGAUCAGAAUUUAUAUGGCUUCUGGAAGGCUGGCCAAGUGUAAGGAUAUCUGCAAGGAGGCAGAGAUGGCUGGUUUCAGGUUUGACGAACAUACAAUGUUAAAGUUGCAUCAGUAAAUUGUUGUAUCUUGUGAUGUAUUUACAUGUAAUUUAGAGUUCCUGUUUUUUAUAUUCAGAUCUUUAUCCCACCCCUCUUCUCAUUUGCAUAGUUAAAUGCAUUGUAGUUGUUGGCAUCCAUAGGUUCUUGUAACUAUUCCAGCUUAGGUGUCUGUAUAAUGAUGCAAUUUUGGAAUUGAGUGUCUGGAGACCUUUUCUGGGGCGCAAAGUUAAUAUCAGCAGAAAGUCUGCUUGAGCAUCUGAAAA